CUCAAUUUCCAUAUCGUUUAAAACAAAAUGUCGAUCCAAGCUUCAGCAGCUCCUGAAGCCUUUACCCAAAAUAAAAACCGUCCCUCUGCAGAAUUUCAUCCCACCAUUUGGGGUGAUUAUUUCCUCUCUCACUGUGUGCAAAAGGAGCACAUCGAAAAAAUGCAGCAACAUGUUGAAGAAUUGAAGGAAGAAGUUAAAGGGUUGGUAAUGAAAUAUUCUCAGAAAAAAACUUUGCAAAAGUUGGAGUUGAUUGAUGCAAUCCAACGUUUAGGUGUGUCUUACCAUUUUGAGAGGGAGAUUAAUGAAGUAUUAGAAAAGAUCUAUAGCUCUUAUGGCUUUCAUGAUGAAGAGGAUGGUGAUCUUUACGCUAUUUCACUUUGGUUUCGUUUGCUUAGGCAACAUGGUUAUUAUAUUUCGUGCGAUGUAUUUAACAAGUUCAAGGACGGAGAUGGCAAGUUUAAGGCAUCUUUAACUGUUGAUAUUCCUUCCAUGCUAAGUCUGUAUGAGGCAGCACACCUUCGCAUGCAUGGGGAAGAAAUUCUUGAUGAAGUCCUAGAUUUCACCACCACUCAUCUUCAGUCAAAGCUAGGUAAUAUGAACUCCGACCUCGCCGGAAAGGUCACCUUUGCUCUUAACCGGUCCAUCCGUAAAAACAUACCGAGGUUAGAGACAAGACAUUACAUCUCUUUCUAUCUUAAAGAAAAUUCCCACAGUGAAACUUUGUUGAAGUUGGCACAGUUGGAUUUUAGUGUUUUACAAGCAUUGCAUCAAAAGGAAGUAGCCAACCUUUCAAGGUGGUGGAAAAACUUGGACUUUAAAAGGAAGUUGCCUUAUGCAAGAGACAGACUGGUAGAAUUAUACUUUUGGAUUUAUGCAAUGUUUUUGGAGCCUCAAUAUUCCCUUGCAAGAGUGUUAGUUACCAAAGUAGCAGUCAUGGUAUCCAUCAUAGAUGAUACCGUUGAUGCUCAUGGCACAUAUGAAGAAAUCAAACUCUUUACGGAAGCAGUCAUGAGGUGGGAUAUUAGUGCCAAAGAUGUUCUUCCAGAUUACAUGAAAAUGAUAUAUCAGGAAAUUUUGGAUAUUUAUAGUCAAUUUGAGGAGCAUAUUGACAAGGAAGGAAGAUCCUAUGGUUUAGCUUAUGCAAAACAAGCGAUGAGAGAAUUAGUCCAAGCCUAUUUUGCUGAAGUUGAUUGGUUUCAUAAUAAGAACACUCCAAGGCUGGAGGAAUACAUAUCCAAUGGGGAAGUAAGUGCUGCUUUUUAUGCCUUAAUAACGGCCUCGCUUCUAUGCAUGGGUGAGGGGAGUGCAACCGAAGAAACGUUCAUUUGGGCCUCUAAUAAACCAAAAAUCAUUAAAGCUGUUUCACUUAUUGGCAGAUUGCUGAAUGACAUUAAAUCCCAUAAGUUCGAGCAGAAGAGAGAACAUUGUGCAUCGGCGGUUGAAUGUUGCAUGGAACAACAUGGAGUUGAAGAAGAAGAGGCACAUAAAAUGUUGCACCAAGAAAUUGAAAAUGCUUGGAAAGAUAUAAACCAGGAGUUCAUGAAGCCAACUGCUGUAGCAACCCCUGUUCUUGACUGCGUUCUAAAUAUUGCACGUGUGUCAGAUGUUAUUUAUGAGGACGGUGAUGGUUAUACCAAUUCUCAUUUGAUCAAAGACACCAUUACUUUGCUGCUUGUCGAUCCUAUACCCAUUCAUGAGCAUCUUCUUCCAUAAUAUGUUAUCCUAACUCUAUAAAUAUAUAUAUAAUCAUAAUGAUUUCCUAUUAGAACAUCAAAAUGGAUUUUCCAUUAAAUCUCUUAUUAUUAAUUUUUGGAUUGCUGUUAAAAUUUAAAAUUAGUGGAUUAUAUGAGUUUGGCAAAAUAAUAAAACUCUAAAAAGCAAAAUGAAAUAUAUUUUUAAAUCUCAAGUGUUGACCUUUAAAGCAAUCCAAAAGUUGAUAAGUAAGAUUUUCAUGGUUUUUCCAUUACGUUGUACUGAUAACGGAAUUUCAUUAUAUUAUAUUAUAUAAUAAUUAUAAAAUAAAGAAGGAGACUUAGUCCUUUGUAUUUUCUCUUUCGAUCUCCUGUUUGUUUGUUGAGUUUAUUAAGAGUGUACUAAUAAGUGAAUUUAAAUAUUAUAUAUAUAGAAUUAUUAUAAAAUAAAGAGAAAGAAUUAGUUCUCUAAUUUUCUCUUA